AUGCCGGGCAUUACAACAUUUCUCCCCUUUCCGGAAGACGUACCAACGCACCCCCUCUUGGUGGUAGAUUAUGAGCAGAUCCGAGCUGGAAAGGAGGAAGAGAUCGACACGCUGUGGGAGGCUGCUACGAAGCUGGGCUUCUGGUACUUAAAGAACCAUGGGGCCGACGAGCUUGUGGAAGAUAUGUUUGAGAUGGGCGCCGAAACCAUGGCCUUGCCCAUGGAAGAGAAGAUGAAGUACGAACAAGGCGACGGCGGACUGUCAUGCGGGUACAAGAAAGCAGGCGCGAACGCCACCGACGAGACUGGAGCCUUGGACACCGUGGAGUUCAUCAACAUAGCCAAGGAUGACGCGCUCGCCUGGCCACAAAUUGCGCACCGGACAUACCCCUCCACGGUCAACGCCCGUAUGGACAGCACGAUCAAGCCGUUCGUCCGGAAGUCGAUCGAGAUUAAUAAUACGCUUCUGAGUGUGCUGAAUGACCGACUCGGGCUACCAAAGGGCGCUCUAGCCAAGCGGCACCUGCUCGAGGAGUACAGCGCGGGCGAAGCGCGGUGCAUCAAGUCGCCUCCGAUGCCCGCCGGGUCACCCGAGUCUAAGGCUGCCAUCGGAGCGCACACAGACUUUGGGUCCUUGUCCUUCCUGCACAAUCGCCUCGGCGGGCUACAGGUGAUGGUUCCAGGAACUCAGACAUGGCAAUAUGUGAAGCCACUCCCAGGGCAUGCCAUAUGCAAUCUUGGAGACGCCAUGUCCGUCUUCAGCGGUGGAAUCUUGAAGUCGAAUUUGCACCGUGUUGUAGCACCUCCUAAGGAGCAAGCUAAACUUUUGCGUUGGUCGCUGGUAUUCUUCACAAGGCCCGGAGACUCGGUCACGUUACGCGCUCUCACGGAUGAGAGCCCGCUCAUCGCUAAGGCCGUGGCAGAGACACCAGAGAGGAACUUCGAAACGGGGGCCACUGCGAGAGAAUGGUUCACAAGGAGAUGCAAGAACCAGAGAAUCAAGAACAGGGCGGGCCCAGAGACAUGGCGAGCGAGCAGAGGAAUGGAGCACAAACCUGACGUUGCUUGA